GAGGAGCCACGGCCGGGUUUGAGGGUCGGUGUCCUGGAGGUUCGGAUUUGCCCUGACCUCCUCCCCGCCCCAUCCUCGACCCCCCUCCGCCUCUCCUUUCCCGCUUGGUCGUCCGGUGGGGAGGGGGGGCUGCCCGAAGCCGGCGCUUUCUGGGCGGCCGGGAGCAGGCGCAUUGAGCGGGAGCAGCAGCGCCACCAGGGUUAAACUCAGCAUUACAAGAUAUUAUCACCUAAAAUGUUGACAAGGCCAAGAUUAAUGAAUGCAUUUUAAAGCAACAUAUGUUAAAGAAGCUGCGAAAGUUUACCUAGGUCAGUUGUUAUCCAGGAAGUGCAGCAGGACCUCAUCCAGAAUCUAAUCCAGAUUUAUACCAUGCUGUAUAAUUUUGUGGAUUACAUGAUGGCCGCUCAAUUUAAGAUUUGUCACAGCUGAAGAAUAUGGAGGAUCAGACUCCAUAGCUUGCUCUAGCAGACCAGCAACCUGAAUGCUAUUAUGGCUCAAAUUUUCUGGGUCAGCUUAAAUUGUCAUACAGCUUCUAAUACAGAAUCUCCUGGUUCUUAAUACCUGAUUAGUUUCCGGUACAGCAAAUUACAUAGCCAUGGUUUGGAAUGACAUACCUAACUUAAAAGAUAACUACACUUUGUUGUGUUCUUCAACCAUGGAAGAUUUGGAAGUGGAUCUUGACUCGGGACUGGAGGAAGAUGACAUAAAACUUGUCAACCCUUUUGAAGAUUCUACGAUCUUUGUAGCUUUUAAAGGGAAUAUAGAUGAUGAUGACUUCAAACAGAAAUUGGGCAUCAUCUUGGACAAUGUUCCUGGCCUUUUACACAUGGAAUGUGACAAGUUAAAAUUGAGGAAGGUGGAACCCUGGAACAGUGUACGUGUUACUUUCAAUAUUCCUCGUGAAGCAGCUGAGCGACUACGAAUGCUAGCUCAGAACAACAACCAACAACUUCGGGAUUUGGGAAUUCUCUCUGUUCAAAUAGAAGGUGAAGGUGCAAUCAAUUUGUCAUUAGCUCAAAACAGAGGCCAAGAUGUGAGAAUUAAUGGGCCUGUUGGACAAGGCACCUCAGUGCGAAUGGAGACAGGAUUUCCCAUGCCAGGGAGUCAAGGGUUAAUACGAAUCAACAAUCCUGCAACUGUCAUGAUGCAGCAGAGUGGGAAUGUAUCGUCAUCUAUGAUGACAAGUACAACUAACACAGAGCUGCAACCUAGAACACCUCGUCCAGCAUCUCAGUCAGAUGCAGUGGAUCCACUCUUAUCAGGGCUAACUAUCCAACAGCAGAAUCAUCCAUCUGGAUCUGUAGUGCCUCAGCUCCAUUCAGUACAGCCGGUUCCUAUUAACAGGCAAAUGAACCCAGCCAACUUUCAACAGAUGCAGCCACAACAGCAACUGCAGCCACGCCCUCCUCAACAGCACCAGCAGCCACAACAGGGUAUUCGCCCUUCAUUUUCUACUCCAGCUCAGGUUCCAGUUCCUCCUGGUUGGAACCAGGUGCCUUCUGGAACAGUACUGCCUCCUCCAUCCCAAGGAACAAUGGGCACAUUGACUGUUAACCAGGGUUGGAAAAAGGCCCCUUUGCCUGGACAAAUGCAGCAGCAACUCCAAGCUAGACCAUCUUUAGCAACAGUACAAACGCCUUCUCACCCUCCACCCCCAUACCCUUUUGGAAGCCAACAAGCUUCUCAGGCACACACAAACUUUCCUCAAAUGAACAAUUCUGGCCAAUUUACUGCUCCUCAGAUGAAGAAUCUUCAGGGAGGGCCCUCACGGGUCCCUACACCACUACAGCAACCACACCUGACCAACAAGUCUCCUGCCUCCUCUCCCUCCUCCUUUCAGCAGGGAUCUCCUGCAUCUUCCCCAACAGUUAACCAAUCACAGCAGCAGAUGGGACCAAGGCCUCCCCAGAAUAAUGCCCUCCCCCAGGGGUUUCAACAGCCUGUAAAUUCUCCUGGCCGUAAUCCUAUGGUACAGCAGGGAAAUGUGCCUCCUAAUUUCAUGGUGAUGCAACAGCAGAACCAGGGUCCACAGGGCUUACAUCCUGGGCUAGGGGGAAUGCCCAAGCGACUCCCUCCUGGCUUUCCUGCAGGACAGGCAAAUCAGAACUUCAUGCAAAGUCAGGUGCCUUCUACAGCACCAGGAACGCCUGCAAAUAGUGGAACACCCCAAUUGCAAACAAGUCAGAGUGUGCCACACACAGGUGGUCAAGGGAAUGGUCCUCCUCAGAAUCAAAUGCAAGUUCAACAUGGCCCAUCAAAUAUGAUGCAGACCAAUUUAAUGGGACUUCAUGGAAAUAUGAACAAUCAGCAGACAGGCAGCAGUGGAGUUCCACAAGUUAGCAUGGGCAAUAUGCAGGGACAGCCUCCGCAAGGACCACAAUCUCAGUUAAUGGGAAUGCAUCAACAAAUAGUAUCCUCCCAAGGACAGAUGGUGAACAUUCAGCCUCAGGGAUCUCUAAAUCCUCAAAACCAGAUGAUACUUUCUCGAGCUCAGCUUAUGCCACAGGGCCAGAUGAUGGUAGCACCUCAAAACCAAAAUCUUGGUCCAUCGCAACAAAGGAUGACUCCACCCAAACAGAUGAUUCCCCAGCAAGGCCAACAGAUGAUGGCUGCACAUAAUCAGAUGAUGGGACCCCAAAACCAGGUGUUGUUGCAGCAGAAUUCAAUGAUGGAGCAGAUGAUGACCAAUCAGAUGCAAGGAAAUAAACAGCAGUUCAAUGCUCAAAGCCAGUCCAAUGUUAUGACGGGGCCAGCUCAGUUAAUGAGAGGACCAACACCCAAUAUGCAAGGAAAUAUGGUGCAGUUCCCAGGGCAGAUGAUGACACAGCAAGGCCCUGUGAAUGGCAAUCCAUCUCAGGUUAUGGGGAUUCAAGGACAAGUUCUGAGACCCACAGGACCUAACCCUCACAUGUCUCAGCAACUGGGUGAUACCACCAAUACAACGAACAAUGAUGUGAACAUGGCACAAAUGCUACCUGAUGUUUCCAUGCAACAAGGAAACAUGGUGCCUCCCCAUUUGCAAGGGAUGCAGGGAAACAGCAAUACAUCAGCGAACCAUUUUGCUGGACAUGGGAUGCCUUUCAAUGCCCCUUUUAGUGGAGCCCAAAAUGGGAAUCAGAUUUCCUGUGGACAAAAUCCAGGUUUUCCUGUCAACAAAGAUGUCACACUAACAAGCCCAUUGUUGGUUAACUUGCUACAAAGUGAUAUAUCUGCAGGACAUUUUGGGGUGAACAGCAAACAAAACAAUCAAAAUGCCAAUAAACCCAAGAAGAAAAAACCUCCAAGAAAGAAGAAAAAUAAUCAGCAAGUAGAACAAAUUAAUGCUUCAGAACUGCGCCCAGCAGGCCCGGAAGAGGCAGAUCAGCCACCACUGCCAGGAGAGCAAGGAAUAAAUUUGGAUAACACUGGACAUAAGAUUUCGGACUUCACAAACAGGCCCCCAGGUUACCCAGCUCAGCCAAUGGAACAACGAUCCCUUCAGCAAAUACCACCUCAACUUUUGCAACAUGGGCAGCAGCAACCACCCCCACCCCCACCCCCCACACCUCAACAGACACAGACUCAACAGCAGCAGCAGCAGCAGCAGCAGCAACAACAACAAAUGAUGAUGAUGCUCAUGAUGCAACAGGAUCCUAAAUCUGUCAGGCUUCCUGUUUCUCAAAGUGUCCAUCAGCCUAGGGGCCCUCUGAAUCUCGAGACGCAAAGAAUGCCAAUGCAGCAGGGAGGCAACAUGUCAGUGAUGGUUAGUCUGCAAGGUCCUGGUUCAGUGCCCCCAUCUCCUGACAAGCAAAGAAUGCCAAUGCCAAACAAUCCAACUCUGGUGAGCAGUGUGCGAAAGAUGGUGUACACGGAUAAUGCUCAGAAUCCUACUAGCUCUCCCCUGGGAGAAGUUUCAUCCGUGCCAUCUGUUUCAGAAGGAAAUGGGCCUGAUGUCGCUCCAGCAUCAGGGCCUCAAAAUAAUAUACCAUCUCAUUUAAUAGUUUCACAAAACCAGCUAAUGAUGGCGGGGCCAAAACCCGGACCUUCUCCAAUGUCAGCUCCCCAAGGGGCAAGCCCUCAACAACAGUCUAAUUCUCUUCCUGGCCCUCACCCACACCAUUUUCAAAAUGUUGCUACCACAUCGCAAACAUCCAGGCCCAAAACACCAAACAGGGCGAGUCCAAGACCUUACUAUCCUCAGACUCCCAAUAAUCGUCCACCAAGCACAGAGCCAUCAGAAAUCAGCUUGUCUCCCGAGAGACUCAACGCUUCCAUUGCGGGUCUCUUUCCUCCUCAGAUUAAUAUUCCUUUGCCUCCUAGGCCUAGUCUUAAUAGAGGAUUUGAUCAGCAGGGUCUUAAUCCAACCACUUUGAAGGCCAUUGGGCAAGCACCCUCCAAUCUCACAAUGAACAACCAGUCAAGUUUUGUCUCCCCACAGAUGCAUAAGUUGGAUCCUAUGACUGUUAAUUCAGGAAAGCAAACUAAUGCUGGUGGGGCAAAGCGUGCCAGUCCAAGUAACAGCCGAAGGUCCAGUCCUGGGUCCAGUAGGAAAACUACACCAAGCCCUGGGAGGCAAAACUCAAAAGCAGCCAAGUUAGCUUUGGCGUCUCAGCAAAAUCCAGCACUCAUGCAGAACAUGGACUUACAGAGAGGUAUGAUGGUUGGUCCACCUUCUUUGCAAGCACCUAUGCCUAGUAGCUUUCAAAAUAAUAGUAUGUUAACUGCUCAGAACCCUGCAACUCCCAUGUCUGGUAUUAUGACUGGUAUUCCUGAGGAUAACAAAGAAGGCUUCGGUGUCCCUCAAGACACUGCGUGUCAGAAUAUGCAGGUCGUCCCAGUGAACAAAGAUCAGCACAACAUUGAGCUCAAAGGUGUUUCCAGCCAAGAAAUCAAAAUAUUGGUUCAUGAAGAGCAACAGAAAAGAGACACCCCUCUUAUAGAAUCCAGCAAGCUUCCCAGUCUGGAAGAAAGCAACGCUAUUAUUUCUCCGGCUAUGCGGGAGGCACCAGCAUCCUUAAGUCGACUUCUUGACAAUUCUGGAGCUCCUAAUGUUACCAUCAAGCCUUCCGGUGUCCCUGGCCUUGAAGUUCCUCCAACAGUGACUUGUGCAGAUGAAUUUAAAAAAGUUCCCACCAUUCCUCCUCCCCAGCAGGAUCCUCCUUCUAGCAAGGAUCCUGUUUGUGCCCUAAGUUUACCUCCAAAUACUGAAGCCUCUCAAGUGCAACAAGACCUGGGUGACAUAAAUUCACGUGUUUCUCAGAACAUGUCUCCAGUAAUACAGAGGCCUGUUAGCUCUGCUUCUAUUUCAACGUCACUCCCACCGAAUCAGAUAACAGUAUUUGUCACUUCCAACCCCAUUACAUCAUCAUCCAACACAUCAGCAUCGUUGCCCUCUCAUUUACAGCCUACCUUAAUGCCUACUGUUGUCACCAUGCCUAAUGUGGGUAAUAAAGUUAUGGUUUCUGAAGGGCAGACAGCAGUUCAGUCUAAUGCGCGGCCUCAGUUCAUUACUCCAGUUUUUAUAAAUUCAUCCUCAAUAAUUCAGGUUAUGAAAGGAUCUCAGCCAAGUACAAUCCCUGCAACCCCAAUGACUUCUAGCUCUAAUCUAAUACCACAGUCUGUUGCAGUUGUUGGUUCUUUGCAUUUACCCCAGAAUAUAAAGUUCUCAUCAGGGCCUGCUCCUCCUUGCUCAUCAUCUAGUACUCCUGUCUCAAGUAUGCCAACAAGCCGGUCACUGGUUAUUAAUUCACUGGCGACUCCUAUUCAGCUUCCUUCUCCCUCAUCAACAGCUCCUUCAAGCACUUCUUCACAUCCUUCCAUUCAGCAAGUCAAAGAUUUUAACUCGGAGGAGAUGAGUUCUCAGACUUGUGCCUCUGUUGAACCAUGCGCUGAAGCAACUUCACAGUCGGGAACUGUGGUUUCCCCACCUUGUCCACAUAGCCCUGGAUCUUCUAUCAACAGGCGAAGUCCAGUUUCAUCUACUAAAGGGAAGGGGAAGGUGGACAGAAUUGGUCAGUUUUUGCUGACAAAAGCAUGCAAGAAAGUAACGGACUGCCUUGAGAAAGGGGAAGAACAAUAUGUUCUGGAGGGAGAAGUAGAAGGUCAGGAACAAGACAUUUCAAUUCCUAACAGUCUGGAAAUGGAGCAGUUACCUGUAGAACUAGAAGACAGUGCUGUGGCAUCUCCAGCCCCCUGUCUUUUGAAACAAAGCACUUCUGGGACUGGCCAUUUAAAUGCUACUACUACUGCUACUGUUUCUGCGUCUACGUCUUUAAGCUUACCAGGUAGUACUCCUUCCAGCAAUGUACUCUCAGUAGUGACCACUCCAGUGCUCUCUGACAUCAUAACCUCAAUUCCAAGUACUAAUGGUAACCCUGGUUGUUUACCAGAAGAGCAGGCUGGGAUUGGACCAGAGAAUGAGAAAGCAGAAGCCCACCAUGAAUUACCACAGAACAUGGCAUCUUCAAGUCAGAUUGCAGUUGCAACGCCAGAAAGUACUAUUCAAAGAACAGAACUGGAAGCAAAUUCUGCCAUUAUCUCUGGCCUACCUAAUGAGCCAAAGGAGAGUUGUGAAAAGUCUAAAACUCCAAGUAGAAGAAAUUCACGAACAGAGGAGUCUGCAGCAGUGCAGGAGACCAUAGAGAAUGGUCAACGCAAGAGGUCCUCGAGGCCAGCAUCGGCAUCCAGCACUGCAAAAGAAACAAAUGCCAGUGCUAUGCAGUCAAAAAGAAGAAAAUCCAAAUGAAUUAUUGAGUGGAUAUGCAAGGCUUGUAAAUGUGUGAAUUUUACCAAUAGCAAUUCUGAGCUGUGAUUUCUCUCUCUCUAUAAAAACAAAACAACCCCCGCCCUAAAAUGCUGUAUAGUAAUUCAUUUUAUUAUCCCGUUACCAAUAAAUGCAAAGGUGUUUUUUUCUAAAGACUUAAUGAUGGAAAAAGAUCAGGUUAUUUGUUAAAUUCUCUGGUUUUGUAAAGUCCACACUUAGCACACUAGAUUUAGCAUGUUGUAAAAAAAUCUGAGGAGAUAAUUGUAAAUUUAUUUCUACGUUUUCACUUUUCAUAGGACAAACUAGAAUACAGGGUUGUCAUUUUUUUAGAUAUUAAAAUAAUGUAUUGUGCCGGUGGUCAAGUACUGUAUGUGAAUAGCAGUUAAAAGGGUUAUAUACGGCCCGAUUUUGGAAAUGUAAAUAGUUUUAUUAUAUAGUAGGCUUGAUGUAUUUGUUGUAGAAAAGGACCAGUGAAAUGAAAUAAAGUGGAAGGCUUUGUGAAAUGUGGGUUACCUAGUUCUCUAAAUAAAUGUCAUUGACCUAUAA